UUGCCCACAGUGCUGUGCUGCAGUCCGCUCCCUGCCGGUGUUCAGUUAACUACAUGGACAUUAGCGGCGCAGCGACACAACCACCGAGCCAGAGUGGAUUAAACAGCGUGUGUGCGGAGAGCCACUCGGUAAACGACUGUGUAACCAAUUCAGACAUCUUGUACUGCCAUAGCAAGUCCGUUGCACCGGUUUACAUCUGCGAAACAUCCAGGGAAAGACUCUUGGUAAACUCAGUAGUGCCGUGCAUUGUGUGGCAGCUCGGCGGGAAUGGCUUCAUCUCCGUGCGGCAACACUAACUUUGAUUCCGGGCUGGAAAUCAAAACUCGCUCGGUGGAACAGACGCUUAUUCCUUUAGUAUCGCAGAUCACAACUCUGAUCAACCAUAAAGACAAGCCAAAUAAGUCUGAGCGCACCCUAGCAGCCAUACACAGGGUGGGCCAGGCAGUGAGCGUGGCUGUGGGACGUUUUGUCGCCGUUGGGGAGGCCAUCGCCUCAGAGAACCAAGAGCUGAAGGAUGAGAUGGGGCAAGCCUGCUUCGAGGCUCGCAGGGCAGGUGAUGCCAUAGCCCAGCUGACAGACGCGGGAUCACCCUUUCCAUCCCAGUCAGAAGGAUGUGGCACAGUGUUCAAUGAUAGGACCGGGAUGGUGAAGGCUGCACGCUUACUCCUUUCUUCAGUCACUAAAGUCCUGGUCCUGGCUGACCGCAUCGUCAUCAAACAGAUAAUCACAUCACGCAACAAGGUCCUUGUUACCCUCGACCAUCUGGAAAGAGUCAGCACCUUCCAGGAAUUUGUACAGAUUUUCAGCCAGUUUGGCAAUGAGAUGGUGGAGUUUGCCCACCUCACUGGAGACAGACAGAACGACUUAAAGGAUGAGAAGAAGAAAGCACGGAUGGCGGCGGCCAGAGCAGUGCUGGAGAAAUGCACCAUGAUGCUCCUCACAGCCUCCAAGACUUGCCUGAGGCACCCAGAUUGCGAGUCGGCGCGGAUCAACAAGGACGCCGUGUUCCAGCGGAUGCGCUGUGCCCUGGAGCAAGUAAUCGAGAUAGUCACAGAGGCUCGGAGCUGCGGGGAGAACAAGAUCCUCCCUGCCAGUAUCUACAACGGCAUCAAGGACUUCAAGUCCAACGUGGAGUGCCUGCGGGAGAACCUUUACACCCUGUCCCCUCAGAGCAUGGGCGGCCAGCUGGAGGCGCUGGUGGAGCAGACCGAGGACUUCACUGACUCGGCCUACACCAGCCACGAGCAGCGGCAGGCCAUCCUGGGUCUGUGCCAGCUGGCCCGGCAGGACACUCAGCAGCUGGUGCACGCCUGGGUGGAGGCGCAGUCUGUCCAUGCCAAAGAAGCCACAGAGGGCAUGGAGGUGGCCAUCCUGAAGACAUGUCAGAGCCUCAAUGACCUCAGACGUGAGCUCCAUAAGGUGACUGUCUGUCGUACCACUGACUUGCUCAAAGUUCACGGGGAACAUUUGCCUCUGCGGGCUCUCAAAGCAGCAGGAGCCGAGGGAAACCUGGAGGCAGUGGCCGAGUAUUCCCGAACCCUCACCGAGCAGAAGGAGCAGCUGGUGGAGACAUGUCGGCUGCUGUGCCAUGUGUCGGGGACAGAGCCCCUGGAGAUCACCUGUAUACAUGCUGAGGAGACCUUCCAUGUCAUUGGCCCACAGAUCAUCUCUGCAGCCCAGACGCUGGCCCUCCACCCGUCCAGUAAGAUCGCUAAGGAGAACCUGGAGGUGUUCUGCGAGGCGUGGGAGUCUCAGCUCUGUGACAUGGCCCUGCUGCUGAGAGAGAUCAACGACGUCUUUGAAGGCAGGCGAGAAAAAAGAUCUUAUUUGUCACUUCCCAGAGCCGGGAAACACACAGCUAACUUGAAGACUGUCAAGGCUGUCAAGUUGGAUGCAGAGGAGCAGAGCAGCAUGGCCAAGCUGGGUCUGGAGCUCCGUCUGCUGUCAUCAGACGUGGACACAGAGGUGGAGAAGUGGGAGGAGCAGGAGCACAACAUCGUCCGACAGAGCCAGAGCUUGGCUAGCAUGGCCUACAACAUGUACUUGUUCACCAGAGGGGAGGGGCUGCUGAAAACAACACUAGAUCUUUUUCAUCAAGCUGAGGUACUCUCAGAAGAGGGACUCCAGCUGUGCUCAUCUUUUCGCACUUUUUCCACUCAGCUGGUUGAUGAGGAAAAGUCUGUGGUGAUGACAGAGAUGGAGAAAGUGGUGGCUUUCUGCCAACAACUGCAGAUGGGGGGCAAGACUCCCGUACAGGGCAAGACUGCCACCUUCCAGAAGGUGGACUCAUCCAUUCAGGCAACCAGAGGUAUCUUGACCGUGGUGCUUUAUCUCCUCCCAUUCUGCAACAAGCUCAACAAAAAGUACAAGUCAGAGAGGAGUAGCCUGGGUUCCCCGCAGGACUGGAGAGAGAGGCAGGAUGCAUCCACACCUGUCAAAGAGGAGGGGGCUCUCCACAUCAAGAACAGCAAUGGCUUUGGUGUCAAAUGUUUGGAGCAGCACAUUGCCGGUUUUAAACAUCCUGGAGAGCAAAUAAUCCUUUGUUCACUAUCCUCCAUUGGAGCAGCACAUAGCAAACAUCACCUUUCUGGAGAACAGGUGAUCCAGAAAAUUUCUUCACUCCCCUCAUCUUCAUGCACCCCUAAAGAGUGGGUUAAAGCAGCGUGUGAAGAUGGUAGCCUCGGCUCAGGAGCUUGCAUUUGCUGUCUGGAUGAUGAAGUGGAAGGCAGAUUCAAGCUCAAUGUGCUCAGGGGCAGUUUUAACCAGAAGAUCAGUUCCACCCCAGUCCACAAGAUGGAGACAAUCAGCUAUGACUUUUGCAGCGAGCCUCCUUCAAGAGAGAGAAUUCUGACACAACCUGAUUUUUGAGUCACUUUUAUCACUUCUCUGAAUAUUGAGGUGAUAAACUGAUCAAAAAUCUGAAAAAGAGCUCCUCUUAAUGCUCAGCUCAGCCAUACAUCUGUCUUCACUAUGUGCCUCUGUGUAACAAGCCUAUUUGCUUAGUGGUGUACUGUAAACGUGUUGCACAUGUUAGCCAAAUUGAGGGUAAAAAAAACAAAAAAGUUACCUGCUUAAAACCCAUCGUGCAUGACGCCAUCGCCACCAAACCCUUGUGUUUGAGUCUCUUAUGGUCUACGUGUUAAAGCUUUUUAAUGUUAACACUUGUUGUGUAGUAUGAAACAGUGAUACAUUUGUCUUUGAACACUGGCAUUCUAGUCAUCUCACUUGGAUUAAUGCAUAUUUUGAAGUCAACCACACCGUAUGAUUAACGGCCCGUCCACACAGCAGCGUUAAAAAAAGCUUCCAACGCUUCUGCCCAUUCACUUUGAAUGGGGUGACGUCACUUUGUCUCACUUUUCGCCGAACUGCAUUGUGGGAAGCAAAGCGAAGAUUUCCAGGAUUCAAAAGUUGAGCAAUGUUCAAUUUUUGAAUCUUCUGAAGCUUUCGGUGGAAGCGUCAGCCAAUCAAAUCAUAUGCCAGUACAAGCUCUAGCCAAUCAAACCGCUGCUUGUGUGUAGGGGCGGGAGAUUCAUGUGAUUGGUUGUUGGUCGAGCUUCAGACACGCCCGCCGGCAAGCUUUUUCCAAAGCCGCUGUGUGGACGUACCGUAAAGGUUUAUUUCCAUAGUUUGCCAUGGAACGUUAGCAACAAAAUCAGUCUUUAAUGCCAAAUAUGAGCGUCCUCAUAAAGACGCUGUGAUCUACAGCUUGCUACUAGUGUGAAAUAUAAAGCUCUUACACCUCAGUGUUCAUCACUGGAGAACUAUUUUAUUUGGUCCUGGCUUCUCCAAAUCAGAGGAAGAUAAAGUUCAAGAUGCUUUGGGGAUGUCAGGAUCUUACUUUACACUGUCCUUUUAUGAAAUCCUAUCAUUAGUAUAGUCAGACAUUGUUUUUCUCACUAAAGAAAAUGAAAGAUCAUUUGAACUGGCACCUGUGUCAAAUGGAGCCUUGAAGUGUACUUGUUAUGAAGACUAUUGUGAAGCUGCCUGGUUGGCCAAUAUGUAUUAAAUGGUAUGUAUAAUAUGGUACAUGAAGCAUAGAUAUAUGUAUAUAUAUACAGUAUGUAUCCUAAGUUAAUGACUUUGGUACUAGGUGAUGGUGUGAUAAUGACAGAUGAAUAACAUACAUUAAGCUUUGUACGGUGUGAGAGCAGCUAAGGAUGCUGGGUAUUGUAGUACAGCUACAGAUGUGAAGAAAUCUAGUUUUGGACCAUUUAUUCUUUUGACAAUUGAAAGGUUAAUAAAAGUGACACAUACAAAAAUAAACAAUAUUUUUUCUUAAA